AACAAAAAUCGUUUCAAGUUUGUAGGUAGGAAUAAUAUUAAAGUAGCCUGGUAUUCGUAGUGCAUCACAAAUUGGGAUAUCCGAACACGUAUUUUGCCCUUUCCAAAAUAUGAAUGAGGAUAAUGAAACUGGACUAAUUAAAGACAUAUUUACAAAUAAUGAGAAGUGUCUUACAGAUGAGGAAAAGCAACGUUUACAUGAGCAAGAUAAACGAUUGGUAUCUGAUUUUAAAGCAAAAGAGUUGGAACUGCAAGCACAAAGGAAUUGGGAUCUUUUCUAUAAAAGGAAUGAAACUAGAUUUUUUAAAGACCGGCGUUGGACGACAAGAGAGUUUACGGAAUUAUUAUGCGACACUGACAGUGGUACUACCACAAAUUCAAAAAAACGAUAUAUGUUGGAAGUAGGCUGUGGGGUUGGUAAUCUUAUAUAUCCUCUAAUCGAGGAUAAAACUCUUGCAAAUAAAUUUUUCUACUACGCUUGCGAUUUUUCACCUCGUGCAAUAGAAUUUGUACGCACGAAUUCAUUAUACGAUGAAAAUUGUAUGAAAGCAUUUCAAUGUGAUAUAACCACUGAAGAACUAUUAGAUACUAUACCAAAAUCUUCGCUAGAUAUUAUCACAAUGGUGUUCGUCUUGUCAGCAAUAAAUCCGAAAAAGUUUCCAAUUGUUGUGAAGAACUUGAGGGAACUAUUGAAACCAAAUGGCAUUGUACUCUUCCGUGAUUACGGUCGAUAUGAUAUGGCACAGUUACGAUUCAAACCAGGGCAUAAAAUUGCAGAAAAUCUUUAUAUGCGACAAGAUGGCACACGUAGUUACUACUUUUCGGAAAGUGAAUUAUCUGAACUGUUUGAAAGCAAUCAAUUUGAAACUAUUUCGAAUUGUUAUGUUCACAGACGAACUUUGAAUUAUAAGGAAGGCAUUGACGUACCUCGAAUUUUCUUGCAAAGUAAAUUUAGAAAAACGUAGCAUUUUGCAUUUUGUUUUGUUUUUUUUUACACAUUACAUGUAUUUAAAUAUAUAUAUGUUUAAUUAGUUACAAUAAACCGUAAUAAUAUA